CCUCUUCCUCCUCCUCCUCCUCUUCCCAACGCAACACCCGUCGCUUCCGAGCGCCCCCUCACCGGCUCCUACGUUCCUUACCUUCACACCACCACACCGAAUUUUAACGUACACCCAUCACAUUCUGAUUUAGCAACCAUGGGUGCCAAUCUGUCGAAAGCGCUUGGCAAGCUCUUCGGGAGCAAGGAGAUGCGGUUGCUCAUGCUCGGUCUUGACGCCGCCGGCAAGACGACUAUCCUCUACAAGCUGAAGCUGAACCAGUCCGUUACCACUAUUCCAACGGUCGGGUUCAACGUCGAGACGGUCACGUACAAGAACGUCAAGUUCAACGUCUGGGAUGUCGGCGGGCAGGACAAGAUCCGGCCUCUCUGGCGGCACUACUACACCGGCACGCAGGGUCUCGUCUUCGUCGUCGACAGUCAAGACCGCGAGCGCGUUGACGAGGCCAAGCAGGAGCUGCACCGCAUCCUGAGCGACAGGGAGAUGAAGGAGUGCUUGCUGCUUGUGUUCGCGAACAAGCAGGAUCUGCCUGGUGCCAUGUCGCCUGCUGAAGUGACCGAGAAGCUGGGCCUCCACCGGAUGCGCGACCGGUCGUGGUACGUCCACCCGAGUUGCGCCACCACUGGCGAGGGUCUCUUCGAGGGCUUGCAGUGGCUCGCCCAGAACGUCCGCAAGCGCCAGCCAUGAGGAACCAACGGGACACCGUCAAUACUAUCUCUUCACGUUUUCCCUGCUUUUCUGGCUCAAUUCGGACUUUCCUCAUCGCCUUGCCUGAUAAGACUACGUACUGUCUUCGCUUCCAAUACCCCUAUGCAUACUACCUUCGGCUUCUCAUGAUUCCAGCCAAGAAGAGACGUAUGGUAGACCAGCUCUCCCAACUAGUAUCAUGAUCAUCUCAACUUCGACGAGAUACACAAUCCUCAUCCCCGCACCUGAUUUUUCGGAUCUGACGUCGUUUUCUUUUCAUACUUUUUUGUGUUAUUUUCACUUUUGUCUUCUGUCUAUCACUUUCUUUUGACCUGGCAAAUGGAGAUGGCCGCGAUGAGGAUGAGAGCGGUUUAAUCUUGAGUACGGUUUACUCAACGUCCGGUUAAUACUAGCACGCACACUGUUCCAAUAUCAUUCGUCAGACCCGCCGAUCAC